GGGACUGGCCAGGGAUGCGCGCGCACCUGCCCUCGCCCCGCCUGCGCGAGAUGGGGGCCGAGGCUCCGCCCCGCGCGCCUCUCCUGAGAUCGGUCAGCUCGGCCGAGGCGUCCGCCCCCGCUGCUUAAAUGGGCUGGCGGGGAACAGCCCCCGGAAACGGCAGUGCACUCCCGGGCUGUGAGCGCGGAGGGCGGCGGCUACAAGGCGCAGAGAGCAUCAUGGCCGAGCAGGUGGCCCUGAGCCGGACCCAGGUGUGCGGGAUCCUGCGGGAAGAGCUGUAUCAGGGUGAUGCCUUCCACCAGUCGGAUACACACAUAUUCAUCAUUAUGGGUGCAUCGGGCGACCUGGCCAAGAAGAAGAUCUACCCCACCAUCUGGUGGUUGUUCCGGGACGGCCUUCUGCCUGAAAAUACCUUCAUUGUGGGCUAUGCCCGUUCCCGCCUCACGGUGGCUGACAUCCGCAAGCAGAGUGAGCCCUUCUUCAAAGCCACCCCAGAGGAGAAGCCCAAGCUGGAGGAGUUCUUUGCCCGCAACUCCUAUGUGGCUGGCCAGUACGAUGACACGGCUUCCUACAAGCGCCUCAACAGCCACAUGAAUGCACUUCCCCAGGGGCUGCAAGCCAACCGUCUCUUCUACCUGGCCUUGCCCCCCACCGUCUAUGAGGCCGUCACUAAGAACAUCCACGAGACCUGCAUGAGCCAGACAGGCUGGAACCGCGUCAUUGUGGAGAAGCCCUUCGGGAGGGACCUACAGAGCUCUGACCAGCUGUCCAACCACAUCUCCUCUCUGUUCCGGGAGGACCAGAUCUACCGCAUCGACCACUACCUGGGCAAGGAGAUGGUCCAGAACCUCAUGGUGCUGAGAUUUGCCAACAGGAUCUUCGGCCCCAUCUGGAACCGGGACAACAUAGCCUGCGUGAUCCUCACCUUCAAGGAGCCCUUUGGCACUGAGGGUCGUGGGGGGUAUUUCGAUGAAUUUGGGAUCAUCCGGGACGUGAUGCAGAACCACCUCCUGCAGAUGCUGUGUCUGGUGGCCAUGGAGAAGCCCGCCUCCACCAACUCGGACGACGUCCGUGAUGAGAAGGUCAAAGUGUUGAAAUGUAUCUCAGAGGUGCGGGCCAAUGAUGUGGUCCUGGGCCAGUAUGUGGGGAACCCCAGUGGAGAGGGCGAGGCCACCAAAGGGUACCUGGACGACCCCACGGUGCCCCAUGGGUCCACCACUGCCACCUUCGCAGCUGUCGUCCUGUAUGUGGAGAAUGAGAGAUGGGACGGGGUGCCUUUCAUCCUGCGCUGCGGCAAAGCCUUGAAUGAGCGCAAGGCAGAGGUGCGACUGCAGUUCCGCGAUGUGGCUGGCGACAUCUUCCACCAGCAGUGCAAGCGCAAUGAGCUGGUGAUCCGCGUGCAGCCCAACGAGGCCGUGUACACCAAGAUGAUGACCAAGAAGCCCGGCAUGUUCUUCAACCCUGAGGAGUCGGAGCUGGACCUGACCUAUGGCAACAGAUACAAGAACGUGAAGCUCCCUGAUGCGUAUGAGCGCCUCAUCCUGGAUGUCUUCUGUGGGAGCCAGAUGCACUUUGUGCGCAGCGACGAGCUCCGGGAGGCCUGGCGGAUCUUCACCCCCUUGCUGCACAAGAUCGAGCUGGAGAAGCCCAAACCCAUCCCCUACAUUUAUGGCAGCCGCGGCCCCGCAGAGGCAGACGAGCUGAUGAAGAGAGUGGGCUUCCAGUACGAGGGCACCUACAAGUGGGUGAACCCCCACAAGCUUUGAGCCUGGUGCCCACCCACACCCCACCCGCCUUGGCCACUCUGUCUCUCCUUCCCACUGUCCGACCCCGCGGGAGGGCUUCGGGACCACAGGCCUCAGUGUCACAUUCCUGGCCCCGGGCUUGGGCCACCCUUUGCCCCUCGCCACUGUUGCUGCUGCUGCCGCCUGCAGCCAGCUACAUUCCUCAGCCACCAAGCACUGGAGACUGACCAUCCCAGGCCCCCUCAGGCCCUGCCUGAGCCAGCCUCGUCCCCUCACUCCAGCCCCAACGGAAGGGAGGAGAAGGGCGGUCUGUCUGUCUGUCUUGGGGCUCCUCAGCCACUGGGACUGGGGAUGGCCCAGGGCAGGAGCCAGGGCUGACGGGGAGGGCUAUGGGCCUCAGUGGGGCAGUGGCCAAACCACACUCCCUGGUGGCUGUGGGCAGGCUCCUCAGAACUUGGGGUGUGAGAGAACCUGCCCGCAACCAAGCCAGCCUCAGUGCCAUUCCACAUUUCUUGUCACCAGCUGGAAGGGCCCUGGUGCUGCCCAGCAAUGCCUUGGGCCCCUAGGAGUCCCCCAGUCCCCCCAACUCUGCACUCCACAGGCCCCACCCUAGCUGCAGGUAGCCUCCCCACCACAGGAAAAGCAGAAGCAGCAGCUGGUACCCCCCGCCACCUCGUCCCUCUCCAU